AUGGCCCCCGAAAUCACCGCCGGGCGGUUUCAAGGAGCUUUUCUUCAAGUGCUCGACAGCAUCGCCAUUCGAGAUGGCGAGCUGGUCGGAAGCAAAGAGCUGGCCCUGCUCCAGAAGGGCGACUUCUGCAAGGUCUUGAGAGUUGGAGCCGCCCACGGCGCCGGCUUUCGGCUUCAAGUUCACGUCUUGAAGGGAGCAGCAGGGCAGGGCUGGAUCUCCAGCUCCACGAAAACGGGGCGAGCCUUGGUGGAGAUCUGCAGCUUGUCCGAACUCCGGGCGGCCGGCGUAAGCCCGGUCGUGAACACCGUCCAGGACACCACGCCAUCUCUGGAUCAGAUCCUGAAGAGCUUGGAUCGUGAUGAUACCCAGAGGGCACAGAGGGCACAGGCGCAGACACGAAGGCCGGUGAAGGAGAUGGAGGAGGACGUAGACUUAGACCCUGAGGAGGUGUGGAGAUCCUUCACAAACCUCGCCCGUGCAUCAAGAAAGGAGGCCGAGAAGAGCGAGGCAAUCCCAAAAGCGGCUGAGCCUUAUCCUGCCUUCAUGUACAUACAGGAGCCAUCCCCCGAGUAUCGAGAAGAGGUACAUGAGAGGCGUCUGCGACUUAUGGCUCAGGAGAAAGCCCGACGAUCGGCCCGAAAUCGUGGCUUCGCUCCGCCACAAGAGCCCGUCCUGCCAACAAGAUCCAGACCCCAGCCUCAGCCAGCUGCCGAAAUGCCAGAACCGGUCCCGGAAUACGUCGCUCCCGAGCAGACUGAGCGCUUUGCCGAAGCGACCUUCGCUGCCCGAGUGGCGCGUGUGGCGCGCGAAAACCCGAGCAUGAUCGGGCAACGCCAGUCACAGGUGCAAGAGGUUCCCAUUUACAGCAGACCUGGUGGGUACAACGAUGACUUUACUGGCACCUGGAUGGAUGCCACCGGCAUUGACUUCGUGCUGGAGCAGAGUGGCUCCAUCGUCAUGGAGCGGACUCCGGGUGGGGAGUCCAGCUGCGGAAUGGCUGUGCGGAACGAGUUGACCAUGUACGGACGCGUCGGGACUCUGGCUGACGACCUCAUCAGGUGGUCUGAUGGCUCUGUCUGGGCACGAUGCGACACCGAUGCCCCCAUUGAGUUGCCCGCGCGGCCUGCGCCUCGUGCAUCGGCCGGAAGCUCGGCCGCGGCGGCCGAACUUGGCGCAAAGCCGUGGAAGAAGCGGGGAGCUUACGACCAUCGCCUGCCGCCUGACCUGGCAAACCUGGGAGCUGCAGGUGUCCAAUUGCCUCCUCGCGGCUCAAGUACCAUGGCCAGCUUGGGGCAGUUUCCGCCGGGGACUCUGGGGGGGCCAAGGGGGCCGGCCUCCCUCCGCCUGCAAGGCGCAAAGAGGACCGGAGUCCUUCCGCGGGCCAUGCGGGCAUUUUGUCACAGCUCUCGUGCUGGGGAGAUCCGUGCAGCUGCCACAGUCGCUCUGGCUGCGAAGGUGAUGCGGCACAGGAUGGUCUCCGCCCGCUGCGCUUCCAAUGCAAUCAUGACUCUCGUGGAUGGCCAUUAUCACAUCUACAAGAGCUUCCAUGCCACGAAGUACACCGGGCUUUGCAACCAUCGAGGCGAGCCAACAAAUGUCGUAUAUAGCUUCAUGCAGCAGCUCGAGAGGAUCCACCGCGAGUGUGAGCCCUCGCACAUGGCAGUGAUUUUGGACAGCAAAACCUCGUCUUCCUCACGGCGAGAGGUGCUGCCAGAAUACAAGAAGCAUCGGAGCUGCCCUGAGGAGCUUCUUGUGCAAGUCCCGAAGGUCAUUAAAGCCUGUAACGCGAUGGGCGUGCAAUGGCGCACCCACGAAGACUUCGAAGCUGACGACGUGAUCGCCUCGUACACACGCCGAUUCAGCGCACAGGAGCCCAGCGGGCGCGUAAAGAUCGUGUCAAGUGAUAAGGACCUUCUGGAGCUGGUGGGCGACCGGGUGGAGCUGCUCUACAGCGAUCCCCGAAACCACCAGGCUCCCUUCGUCUCGAUGGACAAAGCUGAGGUUUGGAAUAAGUGGGGUGUUCGACCGGAGCAGAUGCCAGACUUGCUGGCACUCAUGGGAGAUGCCGCCGACAACAUCCCUGGUGUUCAGGGGAUCGGAGCCAAGAGAGGAGCAGCACUUUUGCAGCACUGUGGCAGCCUGGAGGCCAUCGUUAGACGGGCACAAGAGGGCACCCUCUCCGUGAAAGGCAUCUCCCCAAGGCUCUGUCGCUUGUUGUGCGAGCAAGGCCCGAGAGCUUUGGAUCUGCUGGAGCGGGUCGUGCGGCUCAAGGAGGUGUCUGUGGAGCCGGAGUUCGACCGCUUCAAAGUGCCCGAAAGGGAUGAGUCCUGGCAUGACCGUGUCGCCACCUUCUGCGACUCCGAGGACAUGACGAAGCUGAAGGAGCGCUUGAGCCGCACCAAAAAGGACGAAAGGGGCCGUAUGCACGGAGAGCGCGGAGACUCGGACUUCAGUCGACCUGUAAGCAAGCCGCCCGAACGCCAAGACACUGGCAAGGUUCUCGAAGUUCGGACGCUGGACGAAGCCCGAAAGGCUUUGGACCUCUUGCGAACAUAUCCGGACGCAACCUUCGCCGUGUUCUCGGCGAGCGACGAUGAACAUCCGAGACCGCCAAGCCUCGCGAUCUAUGGAGGCCCCUCCGUCUGUUUAGGGCAGGGCAAGACCAAGGUUUGGGUGGAUCUCCUGGAGAGUUCUGAGGAAAUGCUGGGCUUGUGGAGGGACUUUCUCGCAGAUCCUCAGAAAAAGGUUUAUCACAUCUACGCUGAGACGCAGCGUGGCUUGAGCUGGGGAUGCAUCCCACACAUCCCAGAAAGAGGUGGCUUCGUUGCGGAUGUAAUGCACCUGGCACGCCUCUGGGAUCCGACCUUGAACGAGCUGACCUCAGAGGGGGCCUACUCAUUAGCAUGGCUGGCAGAGACCCUUUUGGGCGCGACUUGGAGGUUGCAGCGGCCUCAAGGUGAAAGCGGGAGGAAGAAGAUCGCUGACCUGCAGCAGGGGAGAUGUAGGGAGGACUGGAUCCAGCUAUGUGCAGACAGUGCAGCGGCUGUCUUUUACCUGCACCAAGAGCUUCAAUCGAGAUUGGCGGACCAGGCAUGGCAAGCUCCCAAGGAGGCCCUCCCCGCAUCGACAGCCUCACUGCUGGACUUCUACACGGAGCACUGGCAGCCCCUGGCCAUGCUUCUCUCGGACAUGGAGCUCCGGGGUGUUCCCGUGAACCGUCAGAGGCUUUCGGCGCUGAUCUCCGAGAGUUCCGCCGCCCAGGCGUCGCUCCAAGACGUUUUCUGCAGCUGGGCGAUCCGUUCGGGUGGCCUCGAGGAGGCAUCAGCCUCUGCCUUGAAUUUGAACUCGAACCAGCAGGUGGCCCAUUUGCUGUUUGGUUCUGGGGAGAGAGAGUUUCCCGGCUCUGUCCUCUCGGCAGAGGAGCCUGCCAUCCAGCUAUUGCCAGAAGCCGAGCUGUCGUCCAAGAAAGUUCCAGAGCUGAAAGAACUCUGCAGAGAACGGGCUUUGAUGGUGAGUGGUAACAAGCCAGAUCUCAUCCAGCGCCUUUGCGAUCCUCAAGUUCAGGCGCAGGCCAGAGCAAGGCGCGCCCCACCACCCUUGAAGGUUCGAGGUCUCGGUCUGGACGAAGACGACACGGUGACCCGCACAGCUCGUACAGGCAGCGUGCAGCUGACUUUGGAGACCUUACAAGCACUCGCAGAGCGGGAGGAGCAGCUGCAAACGGAGGCCGCGGAGCCUCUGCAGAGUUUGUUAUGCUGGCGCCAACACGAAGCACAGUUGGGUUUCUUGCGACCCUUGCAGAGUGCCUGUCACGGAGAUCGGGUCCAUGCGCUGCUGAACCUGAACACGGCCACAGGCCGCCUGUCCACUCGAAGCCCGAACUUGCAGGGUGAGCCGAAGGGCGGUGGCCACACUGUGCGCUCCGUGGUGGCGGCUCCUUCAGGAAAGCGUUUGCUCGUGGCUGACUAUGGCCAGCUGGAACUUCGGCUGGUAGCACACUUGUCAGACUGCCCCACCAUGAUCUCCAUCCUCGCUGAGGGAGGCGACAUCCACUCCCGAACUGCCUACCACAUGUUCGAGGAAGUCCGGCAGAGUGUGGACGAGGGGCAGGUGGCUUUGGAGGGCGAUUCUGGGGGAGUGACGGUGAAAGAUCAUUUCCCGGAGCUACGCAAGCGCGCCAAGACUCUGAAUUUUGCUUUGCUGUACGGGAAGACGGCUUUUUCUUUGGCCAAGGACUGGGAUUUAAGCCAAGGGGAGGCUUCUGGCAUAAUCGAUCGCUGGUUUCAAACUUUCCCAGAGAUCGAGGCGUGGAUGAAACACUUGCACCAAAACGCCGACAGCGGCACUGGUGCUACGGCUGUGACGCUGCUUGGCCGGCAACGGCAGCUGGGGCGGUUGACUGGGCGAUCCUUCAAAGAGCGGGGGCGCACACGGCGCGUAGCAGGCAACACACCUGUGCAGGGCAGUGCGGCAGACGUUGUCCUGAGCGCCAUGGUGAAGGCGGAACGCUCAGAGGUUCUCCGUCGGCUUGGCUAUCAUCUCGUGCUGCAGAUCCAUGACGAGCUGUUGUUGGAAGGACCCGAGGAGAAUGCCAACGAGGCCCUGGCAGAGUUGGUUCGCCUCAUGGAAGAUCCACUCCCCUUCAAGCUCAGGGUGCCCCUCAAAGUGAAUGCCAGCCACGUGCAAACCUGGAAGGAGGCCGAGGUUUAA